AUGGAGUGGGAUGUGGUGGACGUGCCGCGCGCGGAACCGGCCAACCAAGCAGAAGCGGGCGAUGCCGCAGGGGAUCCAAAAGGUGGCGGCGACGGCGGUGGCGAUAGUGAAGCGGACUGCGUUGCAGCCUGUGGAUGCUUCGCGGCCGUUUCCGAUGUCGACAUGGCCAAAGAUACGCGUCCCAGCCGUGACUUACUACGACCCGGUGGCACCAUGGAUUUGCUCAGUUCCAGUCAUCGAGCAGCUGCACGACGUUCGCGGCGAGUCUCCGCAUCGGGUCUUCCUCGUGGAAUGACAGAUUACCCCGCUUCAGUUGAGCUGGGAAUGGGAAGAGCAACUCGACCAACGAUUCGCUCGGCAUAUGGAUCAAGUAAUGCAGUGGCGUGA